AAAUUUUAAUAAAUGGAAUGAGGAGAGUAGGUGGUGUAUCCUAUUCCAAAAACAUGGUUAAGGAUCAUCGUUGACCAUCUUUUUGGUUCAGUAACUCGCUCUUUUAUUUCAUCUACAUCAUCUUUAAACUCCUGUUCUUUGUGUUUUUUCCCCUCCAUUUUUUCAUAAUCAGCGAUGGCAGAAGCCAUAGUUAUUUACCCAGCACCUUUGCUUACCCACCAAACACCCAUGGUAGAGUUCGCCAAGCUCCUCCUCACUCACCACCCUUCCCUUUCUAUCCACAUCCUCAUCGCCACUACCAUCCCUUUCCAACCUCCCUUCUCCGCCGUUCCUCCAAACAUCACCUGCCACUACCUCCCCGCCGUCGACCUCCCUCCUCCCUCAACCCACCCACUCUCCCUUCUCUUCAAUGUCAUCCGCCUCAACAACCCCGACUUCCGCCUCGCCCUCCUUACCAUCUCCAACAACUAUACACUUAACGCUGUUAUCUUCGACUUCUUCUGCACCAGAUACGCUUUCGAAGUCGUCUCCGAUCUCAACAUUCCUGCUUACUGUUUCUGCACCGUCGCCGCCGGUUCCCUUGCUUCCUUACUUUAUCUGCCCACCCUUCACAACAAAUUUACUCAAAACUUUAAAGAUCUCAACGUUCUUGUCGACAUCCCCGGAGUCCCACCGAUUCCAUCCUCAGAUAUGCCAUCGCCGGUACUCAAACGCAACGAGUGGUAUGAAAUUUUCUUAAACAACUCCACUUGUUUGCCCCAUUUAGCUGGGAUCAUCGUCAACACAUUCGAAUGCCUCGAGUCAAAGGCCAUCAAGGCUAUUCGCGAUGGACUCUGCGUACCGGAGUAUCCCACACCUCCCGUUUACUGCAUUGGACCUUCCAAUUCCUACUCCACCGCACACGGCGGCUAUGUUCCUCAUUGCUUAAAGUGGCUAGACUCACAACCUAGUAAAAGCGUAGUGUUUCUUUGUUUUGGUAGCUCGGGUUCGUUUUCAAUGCAACAAAUAAAAGAAAUAGCUGUUGGAUUAGAGAGCAGUGGGCAGAGAUUCUUGUGGGUGGUGAAGAACCCACCAUUAGAGGACCAAAGCUUGGACCCAGAUUUGAAUUCAUUGCUUCCUCAAGGGUUCUUGGAGAGGACCAAAGAGAGGGGACUGGUAGUCAAAUCAUGGGCACCUCAAGCAGCCGUGUUGAAUCACGACUCGGUUGGUGGAUUCAUAACUCACUGCGGCUGGAACUCGGUGCUGGAAUCGGUGUGUGCAGGGGUUCCAAUGUUGGCCUGGCCACUUUAUGCAGAACAAAGGCUCAAUAGGGUGUUGAUGGUAGAAGAAAUGAAGAUCGCAUUGCCGAUGGUGGAGUCGGAAACUGGGUUCGUUUGUUCAACUGAGGUGGAGAAGCGAGUCAAAGAGUUGAUUGAGUCGAAAGAAAGUGACUCAGUUAGGCAGCGAACGUUAGAUAUGAAACGUGCAGCCGAGGUAGCGACGAGUGAGGGAGGUUCCUCUCGUGUUGCGCUAGUCAAACUUUUCGAGUCAUGGAAGCUGAAAUGACUCGGACCGAACCGGUUGUUAUUUUUGUUGUGUUGGUCCGAUACACAGAAACGAUGUCCAAAUCUUGACGGCUUCGAGUUUUAGGUAAAAUUCCAAGUUUUACUCCCUUUACGAUUUGAUUUUUAUAAUUUAACUGUACAUAACUUUUGGACUCAAUUGAUGAAAGUGAAAUAAUAUCUCUCAAUGCACAAAAAAAAAAUGAACAAGA